GAGGGGCUUGAGCCCUGGGUGCCCCAUAGCUGGGGGGUGAGCCCUGCCCCUCCCGCUGGGGCCCACAGGCAGCGCUCAGCACUGGGGAGUGGGGGCGCCCCCUGGCGGCGGCGGGACCCUGCGGGCGGGGGGGCGGGCAGAGCGCGCAUGCACCCUGGAGCUCGGGGAGUGGCGCCUUUCGGCGCCGUUCGGCCCUUCCCGGUUUCCCUCGGCUCCUUUCGGCCCCUCCCGGCCCGGGCGAUGGCGACGGGCAGCCGUUCGCCGCCCGGUGCCUGCUGCCCGUCGCGGGUGGCGGUGCCCAGCGUGCACCAGAGCCUGCCCGAGAUGGACUUCGAGCGGGGGAUCUGGUCGGCGGCGCGGGACGGCGACGAACCGCGGGUGCUGCAGCUGCUGGAGCGCCGGGGGAAGCCCAGCCAGCCCGACCUGGCAGGGUACACGGCGCUGCACUAUGCCAGCCGCAACGGGCACCUGGGGGUCUGCCAGCUGCUGCUGCAGUGGGGCGCCCACUGCGAUGCCCGCACGCCUGGUGGUGCCACCCCCCUGCACCGUGCCAGCUACUGCGGCCACCUCGCCGUCGCACAGCUGCUGCUGGCCCAUGGCGCCGACCCGGCUGCCGACGACAACGAUGGCUGCACCAGCCUGCACAAGGCAGCUGAGCAAGGACAUCGGGAGCUCUGCAAACUGCUACUGCAGCACAGCCCGGUGUUGGCCAGCAUCCGUGAUGCCAAGGGCCGGCGGCCCUGCGACGUGGCGGACCCGGAGGUGCAGGACCUGCUGGAUACCUGAGGAGGACAUGGCGGGGGCAGGAGAGCCAGAGCCACCGUGCCGUGGGACACCCGUGCCACUGGACCCUGUCUCCGACGGAUAAAAGCCCCUGGCACUGAACACCGUCUCUGCCUCUCUGUCCCCUGUGCCAGGUGCCGGUGUGGGCUGGGGGUCACCCCUCAGUGGGGGCCUGGCAGCAGUGGGGGGCACAGCACCAUUUUUUGGCUGCCAACCCCUCCAAUGGCUUUUAU